AUGCAAUCUUCUAUGGGUAAACAUGGCGCUUUCAAGCCUGCACCGGGGGCACAGUCUCAGAGUAAGCCGGGACUGGAGAGCUUAAUGGUAGAGCCCAGUGAGUCGACCAAAUUGGAGGGCCUUCACGGCUUUGCUGAAUAUGCGGGUUCCAGAAAGCUGAAGGGCAAAAAGGCUCUAAUAACUGGCGGAGAAUACGGCACGGUCAACAUACUUGUCAACAAUGCGUCGAAACAGUACUUAUAUAAGGAGUUUGAGAACACCGAUCUGGAUAAGACUGAAGAUAUCUUCAGAACCAAUAUCAUCCAGAUGAUUGCGAUGGCAAAGUUCGCUCUUCCUCACAUGACACGAGGUGAUUCGAUCAUCAACACUUCUUCUGUGGUGACUUUUCGUGGCUCGGGGACCAUGAUUGAUUAUGCCGCAACCAAGGGAGCUAUCAUUGGCUUUACUAGGUCUUUGGCGACACACUUGCUUCCCAAGGGCAUUCGGGUCAAUGCAGUUGCUACAGGCAUGGUAUAUACACCAAUUCAAGUCGACACCCGAGAUCCUCAGGAGAUGGAAGGCUGGGGUCGCAAGGCUGGUCUUGGCCGACCAGGUGAGCCUGGUGAGGUUGCGACAAGCUUCGUCUUCUUGGCUAGUGCGGAUGCUUCUCUCUACUGUUAG